UGCACAAACCUCUUCCUACAAACAAAAGGCAACAAAAAAAAUAAAAAAUACAAAAUACAAAAUCAAUCUCUGGUUCGGAAGAAAAAGGAAAAUUUACCAGUCUCUAAUGUCUCUGAGGAAAUCGAUUCUCUCACGAAGGAUCUCGAGGUCGUUCAAGUCUGUAAAUAAUCACAAAGACGACGGAGCUGCGGUGGUUUCGGGUCGACUCGGAGGCGACAACUGGUCGGAGUCGUGGGCUGAGUCGGACCCAGUCGAUGGGUGGGCGAGUAUGUUACCUGAAUUGCUUGGGGAGAUAAUAAAACGAGUGGAGGAGAGCGAGGAUCGGUGGCCUCAGCGACAAAGCGUCGUAGCAUGUGCUUGUGUUUGUAAGAAGUGGAGAGAGAUCACUAAGGAGAUCGUUAAGUCUCCUCGCAAUAACGGCAAAAUCACUUUCCCUUCUUGCCUUAAACAGCCGGGUCCGCGUGACUUACCCCACCAAUGUCUAAUAAAACGGAAUAAGAAGACUUCAACGUUUUACCUCUAUCUUGCUCUUCCUCCAUCAUUUAUGGACAAGGGGAAGUUUCUUCUAGCAGCAAGGAGGUAUAGACAUGGUGCUCACACAGAGUAUAUCAUCUCACUUGAUGCUGAUGACUUAUCACAAGGGAGCAAUGCUUAUGUUGGAAAGUUAAGUUCGGACUUUCUUGGCACCAAUUUUACAAUCUAUGAUAGCCAGCCUCCACACAGUGGUGCUAAGCCAUCUAGCAGCAGAGCUAGCCGCCGAUUUGCAAGCAAGCAAAUAAGCCCCCAGGUCCCUGCAGGAAAUUUCAAGGUUGGACAGGUCUCUUACAAAUUUAACCUCUUAAAAUCAAGAGGUCCAAGAAGGAUGGUUUGCUCACUAAAGUGUCCACUAUCGCAAGUGAAUACUAAUGACAAACAUUUUGAUGAAUUGCAAGUAAAUACUAAUGACAAACAUCUUGAUGACUCCAAGAUGAAGGAAACAGAGUCUUCUAUUAGUGGCUGCACAGUAUUGCGCAACAAGGCUCCAAGGUGGCAUGAACAUUUGCAAUGCUGGUGUUUGAAUUUCCAUGGCCGGGUAACUGUAGCAUCAGUGAAAAACUUUCAAUUGGUUGCCACUCUGGACCAAAGUCAGCCAGGAGGGAAAGGUGAUGAGGAGACGGUACUCUUGCAGUUUGGGAAGGUAGGAGAUGAUACUUUCACCAUGGAUUAUCGGCAGCCUUUGUCCGCUUUUCAAGCAUUUGCAAUAUGUCUUACGAGCUUCGGCACAAAACUGGCAUGUGAGUAGGUUAUGUGUUAUUAUAAUUAUUGAAGCUGUGAGUUCUGUUUCAAUGUUCUAAUUUUAGUAGUUGGUUUCAGAUCAUUUUACAAUGUUGGUUUGGUUGAGGAAGCCGAUGAUGUAAAUGUUGCUAUUGUAUUAAUGUAAAGACAGGACUCAAAAUUAUUGGUUCCCAAUUUACAUUUAGCAAGGAUAAUGUUUAUUUCUGCCUUGUUUA